UGUAUCCCGUCAAAAUUAAUUUUGAAAACUAUGGAACCUGGUUCCAGUACGCGACUGCGGUAUUUGGGGAACAGGACCUGCGUCAUGGCAUCAAAUUAUUGCGUAGGAUGCAGGCUCCGCUCACCCCAGGCAUUGGAUUUGGUUGGUGAGUGGUUGGUAUUGUUCGGACCUGCGGGUCCCGAGGUCACCAAAUUUUCCCAAAAAUUCACUCGGAAAAUGUUGGAGGACCCUGGAACCCAUCAGCAGUUUUUCACUCCCAACCUUUCCAAAUUGGAAAGGUUGCGGCAAGCACUCGCUGACUUUGUCCUGGAUCGCUACUACUCACGAGGUGAGUUACAGUUUAUUUAA